UUUUCUUUCCUUGCUCUUUGAAAGAUCUGGGAGAGAAAUGUUGAAUGUCUGCUGGGACUAGCGGUGGGAGGACUGAUAUCAUUCAUGCACUGCGAAGCUUUCAGGAAAGUUCUCCAAACUUAAAGGAAUCUUCUGAAGCUCCAUGCUUUAAAAAGAGCCAGAGAGAUUUCCUCUCCCUUCUGAAAGGAGAGAGCUUCCGGAAAGAAGACUGGGUGCAUUGUGAUGAAAUUUUGCACGUGGGGCCAGGUGUCCCUCAAGGAAUUCUCCAGAGUGUUUAAUACAGGAUAGACACCUGGUGGAAAGAGGAAUGAACAUUCAAAGGCAUCUGGCAUGGGUCACCGUGAAUUCUUUUUGAAUUCUCACUUGAGAAGUCAAGUCGGCUAAAGCUGUCUGUGUCCCUGGUUGCAGCCAUAGGUAUCUGUUCCAGCGCAAUUUCUGAUCAACCCCCAAGCUUUCUACUUAUUUGAACUGACCAGUGCAAAUCAUCAGCCAUUUGAGUUUGGAGACCCUAGACAGUUAGAGGCAGUCUCUGAUCUGUCAUUUCACUGACAGCCCAGCGGGUGACAGACCCUUUCCCAGAAGCUGAACGAAGACACUCAACCUUGGCUGAUUCUUCCCUUUGAAGUCAAGCGGCUUCCCUGGUAAUGGACUGUCUCUCUGUGAGAACUGGUGGUGGUGACUGAGCUCAUGGCUUCUGCCUUCAUCUCUACAGCUUCUACCCCGGCGAGGCCCUCCAAAUCUAGCCAGUGAACCCAGCCAUCACUAGAAAAAUGACCGAAGAACCCAUAAAAGAGAACCUGAGCGCCCCAAAGCCUCCCACAUCUAUAAUGAUGGAGAAAAGUCCCAAGGCUUCACCCAAGGGUGAAGUCGUGAUCACCACCGUCCCUUUGGUCAGCGAGGUUCAGCUGAUGGCCGCCACAGGAGGUGCCGAACUCUCCUGCUACCGCUGCAUCAUCCCCUUCGCUGUGGUGGUUUUCAUCGCCGGGAUUGUGGUCACCGCGGUGGCUUACAGCUUCAAUUCCCACGGUUCCAUCAUCUCCAUCCUCGGCCUGGUCCUUCUGUCUUCUGGACUUUUUUUACUGGCUUCCAGUGCUUUGUGCUGGAAAGUGAGACAAAGGAGCAAGAAAGGCAAGAGACGGGAGAGUCAGACAGCUCUCGUGGCCAAUCAGAGAAGCUUGUUUGCUUAAGACUGAGUGA